AUGAUUUUGCAAGACAAUGGAGAAGUGAUGAGUGAUAGUGAGGAUAACUAUGAUGACAUUCUAGAAUUGAAAGAAGCUGGUGAUGGUGAGAAUGUGAAAUAUGCACUGGGCGACCUUUUGGUUACUAGGUUGUAUAAAUGGUUAGUCAUACCAUUUGGACUUAUAAUGCACCUAAGAUGUUAUGCGAUUAAUGAAUAUGUUUUGCAUGCAUUCAUAGAUUGUUUUCUUAGAUAUGUUGUUAGUACAAAGGAGAUAGAAGUGGACGAGGAGAAAAUCAAGGCUAUCAAGGAAUGGUUAACACCUAAAAACAUAACUGAGAUAAAAAGCAUUCAUGAUUUGGCUAGCUUCUAUAGGCGUUUUUAUAAACAAGACAAAGAAAAUGUGGUAGCAAAUGCUUGGUCAAGAAAGUAUGUACUUCUAAUUUCUUUAGGUGCUAAAUUGUUGGGAUUUGAAUAUGUUAAGGACAUGUAUGCUACUAACUCAAAACUUUCUAAUAAAUACGAAUCAUGUAAUAAAUGUGCUGUAGAUAGAUUCUUUAGGCGCGAUGGAUAUUUAUUUUGGGAAAACAAAUUGAAUGUUCCUAAAUGCUUAAUGAGAGAAUUGUUAGUAUGUGAAGCAUAUAAUGGAGGUUUAUUGAGUCAUUUUGGGGUUAAGAAAACCUUAGAGGUGCUAGAUGCAUCACUUGUAAAAAAGGCUAAAUCUAAGGUUUUACCUCAAGGGUUAUACCUUACUUCUUCUGGUGAACCUUAG